UGUAAAAUAUCGAGUUUCAGCUCGGGAGGGAAGCAGCAGCAUGCAGCGGAGCGCGGUGGUCGUGGUGGCGGACAAAACGAGCCUGAAAAGGCCGUUUAUUUUCGCAAAUGCAGUGCAUAUGGCGCUGUGCUUCUUCAUGCUGACCAUGACAGUAGCCUGGCACAGAGACCUCAUCGAAACCGGCAAACUGGUGUCCAGCACCUCUGUCGUGAUCAUGUACGUCAUGGAGAUCGGCUGCCUGCUGCUCUCAGUGCUCGGCGUAUUUGGAGCCUGUAAAGGAAAAAGAUGGUGUCUGAUUCUGUAUGCAGCAGGAAUGGCGGCUGCAAGUCAAACAAUAAUAGUAAGAACAGCACUGAGUUACCAGGAUGUUUAUGAGAAACGUGUCGCCCGUGAGGAGGCGAAGCUGCUCUCCAUGAUGCCACUGAGUGGGACCAGCAAAGCCAACAGGACACUGCUCUACAGUAUUCAAGAAGAGUUUGAGUGCUGUGGUCUUAUUGAAGGCUACAAAGACUGGGGCUCCUCCAUCCCUCCCUCCUGUAACUGUCAUUAUCCAGGAAAAUGUAUUCGACUACGAGGCAGCGCCACACUCGGGGCUCCAAAGAACCAGUAUGUUUAUCAAGAGCCUUGUCUUCCAAUUUAUGUUUCUGAGCUGAAGCUUGCAUUUUCUCUGGCCAUGGGUAUACAGUUUGGGAGUGCAGUGUUUUGGGUGGUUUUACUCGUCAUGAGCAUCAAGCUAAUGGGUCAGAUAAGACGGAAACAGGAGUUCAUGGCUCUCCUCCAAUCAAACAGAUAUGUCCCUGGUGCCUUCUAGUCACCUGUUAUGUUUUGAUGAACACUUCAGAGAUAUCAGCAAGGAGAUCUUGUUUGAAUUUGCACAUGUGAACUAAUUCAGCUGUAUACCAUAACCUGGCUACUUCAUGCUAUAGCGACUUAUGUUAGUAUUAUCAUUUUAUAUUAAAUUAUUGCAUGUAAAUUAUAUUGAAAUUAAUAUACAUGCAUAGAUCAAAUUCAGAUGACUUUUUUAGCCUUACUGCUGUAAAAACAAAGCAAUUUGAAUAAAAAAGACUUCAUAUUUACUACUAGCCAUUGCAUUUCACAUGCUGUUGUCAUACCUCUUCAAAAUAAGAUAUCUUAGCAAGCAAAUAAAUGGCAGUUUGUUUCUUUACUGGAUCUUAUUCAUGUAUUUGCCAAUGGCAGAGAGCGUAAACCCACCUAGCUAAUACUUAUUUAAGUGGUUAAUAUUAAUAAAUUGCAUUUACUGUCAUAAAACUCUGGAAUAUGCAUAUAUAGCACAUUUUUGUUAAAAAAACCCUUUGAAUUAUGCAUAAAAAGCACAUUUUUUAUUUGCAGGUAUUCAAGGCUAGAGCUACAUUCUGCUUUCAGUAUUUUAAGGAAAUUGUAGUUAUCAUUCACAAAAAUCUAUAUUUGAUGCACACCAAUUAAAGUAUAACUGGACCAACUUAUUUAAACAUAUAUUUAGAUGCUUGUGCUCGUCAAAGCUCACUCAUUGAUUUUACCAGCAUUAGAGCAACCAAUAAUCUUUGAUAUAUAAUCCAAUUAAUAAUCAAUAUGUAGCACCUUUCUUAAACAGUGUUUACAAAGUGUUUGAUUGAAAUGUAAUCUUUUAUUUUAUAAGUGAACGAUGUAUUUUCUUGGCUAAAUAAUCAGGUCAGACAGCUCUCAUUGGGACAACAGAAUGUCUUGAUGCCUUGUUAAGCACAUGUACCACUUCAUUUUUCUGUACAUUUAGGUCGUAUUUUUUCUAGUCGUGUCCAAUGGGGGGACAGAAGACUCUGUUUGGUUGCACAUUCAGUAGACAUGCAGUAAAACCUCAAGUAAUGCUUCCAAAAUUUGGUUUUAAAGUUUGUUAUUUUGGCAGGGCAGCUGCAGCCGGGUGUGAGAGGCUCUUGUAGGAAAUUUGUGUCAUCAUUAUUGACACCACUCUCACCGGAAAAGCCUUUAUGCAACAUCACUUCUAAUAUGACUUCCUGCAUGAGCUGCCUGCGGUUAUAAUGUCAUCUUGGUUCAUUUACUGUUGAAUGAAUUCCAUCUGAAACAGCAGAUCCAAUGUCUACCUGUGCACUUUAACCAUUAUUGCCUAAAAUGUGUUCAAAUACGUUCUUACAGACGUUGUUGGUGUUUUUAUUUCUGCCAUACACUGUUUUUUUAAUUAUGGAGUGAACAUAUGUAAUAUUUUGUAAAUAGCAGGAAUAAAAUGUGAUUCUUGUUC